AUGGAGCCGCGCACAGGGGGCGCCGCGGACCCUAGGGGGAGCAGAGGAGGCCGCGGAACCUCUCAGCCGGCGGGCGCCAGCGCCCGACGGCUCCUGGCGCGGCUGGACGCGCGCCCCCUGGCGGCGCGAGCUGCGGGCGACGUGGCGGCGUUGGUACGCAGGGCAGGUGCCACAUUGCGCCUGCGCCCCAAGGAGGUUGUUAGCGUGUUGGACUCUGCAGACAUAGAGGUCACAGACAGUCGCCUGCCUCAUGCCACUAUUGUGGAUCACCGGCCCCAGCACCGUCGGUUAGAGACAUGUAACAAGCCUCCGCAAGUGAUCCAGGGUAAGGCACGUAGUGCUCCAAAGCCCUCCCAGGCCUCUGGUCAUUUCUCUGUGGAGCUGGUCCGCGGUCACGCAGGCUUUGGCCUCACCUUAGGUGGGGGCCGGGAUGUGGUUGGGGAUGCUCCGCUGUCCGUCCGGGGGCUGCUGAAGGAUGGCCCGGCACAGCGCUGUGGUCGUUUGGAGGUCGGGGACCUAGUGCUCCACAUCAACGGAGAGUCAACGCAGGGCCUCACCCAUGCCCAGGCUGUGGAGCGGAUCCGAGCUGGAGGCCCUCAGCUCCACCUGGUGCUUCAUCGGCCUCUAGAGACCCACCCUGGCAAGACUCGAGGGGUGGGAGAGCCCCAAAAAGGAGUUGAUCGCAGCGCAGAUCCUGGAGGGCCGGAGGUGAUGGGGUCUCGCAGCAGCAGUACUUCCCCAGUUCAGCACCCUCCAUCCCGGACGACACUCAAGAAGACCCGGGGCAGCCCGGAGCCUAGUCCAGAGUCAGCCGCCGGUGGCCCCAAGGUUUCUCCUCCUGAGCGCCUCACUGAGGAUCCCAAUGAUCAGAUCCCUGGUUCCCCGGGUCCCUGGCUAGUGCCCAGCGAGGAACGGCUCUCGCGGGCCCUAGGGGUCCGGGGGGCAGCGCAGCUCGCUCAGGAGAUGGCAGCCGGAAGGCGGAGGCACUGAACCUACCUCUGACAGCUCGGGGCUCACUAAUUACCGCCCAACCUGGAUCCGGCGCUUCUGGCAGCCCCGCUCUUGGCACCUCCCCAGAUCUUCCACUUGGUCUGGUCCCCCCUCCCGCUGCGCAGUGGCUCUGCCCGCACUCCCCUCGCAGCGUCAGUGGUACAACCCUUCCAGCCCGGCCAGCCUGAACUUCUGGUUCUGGGGCUGGCGGGGGUGUGUGUGUGUAAUAAAAUGGUUCGAUCCGGU